GCCGGGGGAGGAGCCGCCGCCGCUCCCCCCGCGCGUCCCAGGUGUAACCGGAGCCGGGAGGGCGCGGCGCAGCCACCAGCACCUGCKGAACCUGUCGGGUGGCUCACAGAGCUCCGCCGCCGCCGCGCACGCACCGCUCCCUCUCCGYCCGCGUCCCCGAGGACUUUCCCCCGGCCUCUCCGCACCCCGCCGCCCGCUCCAGCCAUGAAGCCGCUCUGCGGGGCCGCGCUCCUGCUGCUGCUCUGCGCCGCCGCCGGUGCCCAGCAGAACUCGUGUGUCUGCGAGAAGAACAAGCGUGUCACCAACUGCAGGCUGGACAACGGCCGCUGCCGCUGCGACGCCAUCGGCUCCGGCGUUACCGUGGACUGCACCACCCUGACUUCAAAAUGCCUAUUGAUGAAAGCAGAAGUGAUGGGCUCAAAAUCGGGUCGUCGUGAGAAACCAAAAGAUGCGUUUGAAGACACCGAUGGCCUCUAUGAUCCUGAGUGUGAAAACAGUGGUGCUUUCAAGGCGAGGCAGUGCGAUGGAACCACCUGUUGGUGUGUGAAUACAGCUGGAGUCAGAAGAACUGAGAAACAUGAUGCAGACCUAAAGUGCAAUCAAUUAGUCAGAACCAUGUGGAUCAUCAUUGAAAUGAAACAUGCUGAGAGAAGUACUCCUCUGAACGCUGAAUCUUUAAAGAAGUUUUUCACAGAUACUAUUACCAGUCGUUAUCUGCUGGAUGGCCGCUACAUAAGCAGUGUGCUGUACGAAAACCCUUACAUUACUAUUGAUUUGAAGCAGAAUUCCUCAGACAAAUCACUCGGAGGUGUGGAUAUAGCUGAUGUGGCCUACUACUUUGAGAAAGAUGUAAAAGGUCAAUCCAUCUUUCAUAAUAAUCCUGGGUUAAACGUCAGCAUUGAUAAUGAAGAUGUGAAGCUUGAGAGGACAGUGGUCUACUAUGUUGAUGAAAUAGCACCAGAGUUUUCCAUGAAGUCUCUGACUCCUGGCCUGAUUGCUGUCAUUGUGGUGGUGGUAAUAGCAAUAGUGGCUGCAAUUGUUGUUCUGGUCCUCACAAGGAGGAGGAAAGGGAAGUACGUGAAAGCUGAGGUGAAGGAAAUGAACGAAAUGCAUAGAGGAUUGAAUGGUUAACUAAGUCAACUGAAGACAAGUACUCAAGCAAGAAGACAACAAAACACUGGAGGCAUCAAUCUUAAAUCUUAAUUGCCUCCCUUACAGGAGGAAACGUUUGUGCUCACUUCAUGAUUGUUAAAACUCCUAACAGCCAAGACUGGUAACCAUUCGACUACUUUUACUAUUUGUUGAGAGUUAAAUGCCCCAUCUUUCUCAAGUUAAACUUAAAUAUUGCUCCCUGAUUUUAUAAUUUUUUUUUUUAAUGAUGAUGAAGCGAGUUGACAACUGCUGUUACUAGGGUUUUGGAGCACACAUGCUUAAAUGGUUAUUUYACCCUUGUGGGAGUUUUAUUGAAAAUAAUGAUUUUGUAGCCGUUUUGUAAUGAGUCUGUCUCCUGUAUAACUGAACACGGCAUUUUUAUGGAGGUUUGUACAUAUUUGAAGUUGCUGUAACUUUUUUAUGACUUGAAUUAAUAAAACUUUGAAACAGGC